AUGUCCUGGAGCACCUUUGCACCCUGGCAAACGCAGGACCAGACUGAGGACGAAAAGCCAACGCCCGGCCAAUCGCACGACCAUGAAAACGCGCCCUGCCGGUCAAUGCAACAUUCGCCGUCUUCGAACGUUACUGAAUCCAACAAAAUAGUCCUGUCUAUAUAUUUCUAUGGCCGACUAUUCUACAAUACUGCAUCCGCAGUUCUGCCAUCUUUCAACUUUCUUAGAAGAAAAACGGAGCAACAGCAGGACGAGCCAUGCCAGCUGCAACAUGAUGAGCAGAUAGUAGAGCGGUAUAGUUCCGAUCAAAAUGACCACACACCAGUUCAUAACGACGAUCUCUCCGAGGGACGCGCAGAACUAACAGAGUCACUGGACUCUGCUUUAUCACAUGAUUCGCAGCUCUUAAAGGAGCUGGAUCAAUGCGACUUUGUCUAUGAUAUCAUGGCCGGUCCGCCUGGAAAAAACCAGCUGCGUCGAUGUAUGUUGCUCAGCUUCCACGCAGAUACCAACAUUAUAUCAAAAGAGGCACAUCAGAGACUUGGAACGAGCAUCGAGCCUUGUCCAGGGGCUUCUGUCCAAGUUUUGGGGCUUGGAAAUCGCAAACCAGUUGGAAUUGCAGAAGUCCAGUGGUCUUUCUGUGGGCGCAGCAAGCCUUACCGGACAGCGUUCUACGUUGUAGAAGACGUCGAAUAUGAUCUUCUCCUCGGAAGGCCUUCUAUGCGGCAGCAGGAGUUGUAUCGAGUGGACCCCGCUAUUGCGAAGAAGCUUCGUGAAUCGUAUCGAUAUCCGUAG